GGCGUGGCCUCCCGCCCGCCUGGGCAGCGUUUUGAUUCAUUGUUAAAAUAGAGACCGUGACCUGGCACUCCCACCUCCGCCGCCCGCUGGGUGCGUGGAAACCCGAGCCCAGGCCCUGCCUAGAGAGUCAAUCACUGGAUUGCAGGAACUGCCUAGCCUGUCCCCUCGCUAUGGAGGAGGUGGCUGUGAAUGCCCCAGGUCACUUGGAGGACAGCGCAUCUACCCUGAGCCACUGCUGGCACUCAGAAGAGGCCCAUGGAGCCCGGCAGCAGUAUCCCGUCCCUGAUAGAGGAGCUCCCCGCAGAGGGCCCCACAGCCGCCCCCAGGAGCACGCUCCAGGACCCCAAGGCAGUGCCCUAUCUGGAAGGCCUGACCUGUGGCAGCUGUGACGAACAUCCUGACUCUGACACCACCUGUAGCAGAGGUGACACCCCUGAUGAUAGCAGCAACUCGUCCUCUGUGCAGGACUGGGACGGUGUUGAGCGGCCAGGGGCAGUCCCCAGCAGGGACGAGCUCACGGUGAUGAUCCCACGGAGGCUCCAGGAGGUGCCGAGAGCUGACCGUGCACGAAAGGUCACCAAAUCCCCUGCCAGAGGAGACAUUGCAGGCCAGAGAAAGGAGGACCCCGGUGGUGGCAGCCGGAGCCCUGGACAGCACUGGGCGAAGCUCAGGGGAGAAAGUGGGUACCUGUCCUUGGAGCGGCACCGUUCGGCAGGCACCCAGGCUUCCUCUGUAACACUCCCAAGUGGCACCACCCAGGCUGCCUCUGCACGAGAAACCCUCCAAGCCUCUUCUCCCUCACAAAGCACCCAGAGGGACACUCCUAGGACCUCGGCCAUACAGUGGAGCACCCCAAGACCUUCCUCUCCCUCUAGAGUUUCCCAGAGGGACAGCCUCAGAACUACAGCCACCCAGCGAAGCAGUGCUCCACUUUCCUCUCCUCUCAGAGCCACCUCGGACAGCCUCAGGACUUCUUCCCAACACGACAGCUUCCAUAGUGGGUGUUCUCCUUAUGCCCAGCGGGACAACCCCAGGACAUCCUCUCCCAACAGAGCCAUCCAGCGGGACCACUCCAGAACGUCUUGUGCACAGCGGGACAAUCCUAGGGCCUCCUCUCCCAACAGAGCCACACAGAGGGACAACCCCAGGACCUCCUAUGCCCAGCGAGACAACCCCAGGACCUCCUCUCCCAACAGAGCCACCCAGCAGGACAACCCCAGGACCUCCUCUCCCAACAGAGCCACCCAGCAGGACAACCCCAGGACAUCCUCUCCCAACAGAGCCACCCAGCGGGACAACCCCAGGACAUCCUCUCCCAACAGAGCCACCCAGAGGGACAACCCCAGGACCUCCUCUUCCAACAGAGCCACCCAGAGGGACAACCCCAGGACCUCCUGUCCCAACAGAGCCACCCAGAGGGACAACCCCAGGACCUCCUCUCCCAACAGAGCCACCCAGAGGGACAACCCCAGGACCUCCUCUCCCAACAGAGCCACCCAGAGGGACAACCCCAGGACGACCUCUCCCAACAGAGCCACCCAGAGGGACAACCCCAGGACCUCCUCUCCCAACAGAGCCACCCAGAGGGACAACCCCAGGACCUCCUCUCCCAACAGAGCCACCCAGAGGGACAACCCCAGGACCUCCUCUCCCAACAGAGCCUCCCAGAGGGACAACCCCAGGACCUCCUCUCCCAACAGAGCCACCCAGAGGGACAACCCCAGGACCUCCUCUCCCAACAGAGCCUCCCAGAGGGACAACCCCAGGACCUCCUCUCCCAACAGAGCCACCCAGAGGGACAACCCCAGGACCUCCUCUCCCAACAGAGCCACCAAGAGGGACAACCCCAGGACCUCCUCUCCCAACAGAGCCACCCAGAGGGACAACCCCAGGACGUCCUCUCCCAACAGAGCCACCCAGAGGGACAACCCCAGGACGUCCUCUCCCAAAAGAGCCACCCAGAGGGACAACCCCAGGACCUCCUCUCCCAACAGAGCCACCAAGAGGGACAACCCUAGGUCCUCCUCUCCCAACAGAGCCACCCAGCGGGACAACCCCAGAACUUCCUGCAUGCAACAGAAUACCUCCAAGACCUCUUUUGCCCAAGGAGACAAGUCUCCAGCCUCCAGUACCAGAUGGGAGCAACUUCGAAGUGCGUGCACCCAGCGGAAUACCCCACCAUCUUCUUCCUUCCAUCGAGACAAUGCUAGCACCUCCUCUCAAGGCUGCACCCAAAAGAACAAUCCAGAACUGUCCUCUCCUAGCCGUGCCACUCAGCGGAGCAGUCCCAGAAACUCUUCUCCCCAUCGAACCAACAAAGACAUCCCAUGGGCUUCCUUCCCGCUUAGGCCAACCCAGAGUGAUGGCCCCCGAACCUCAUCCCCAUCUCGCGCCAAGCAAAGCCAGGUGCCCUGGGCAUCCAUUGCCCUCCGGCCAACCCAAGGGGACAGACUGCAGACCUCAUCUCCCACCAGAUCAGACCAGCGUGGCUCAGCCCACCAGCACACCUCACCAUCAUGGGUCACCUCUUCCUCCUCCUCCUCUUCCCAUAUCUCGGGCCAUCCCAGUGCCUCCCGGACUUCUUCCCCUCUGCACCCUGCAACGCGUGGUACUCCCCUGCCCUUUGCGGAGCCUGCCCAGCCACCAUGUGCUGUGUGCAUCGGCCACCGCGAUGCACCGCGCGCUUCUUCCCCGCCUCGCUAUUUGCAGCAUGACCCUUUCCCCUUCUUCCCAGAACCUCGUGCAUCUGAGAGCGAGUCACCCCACCACGACCCCCCUUACAUGCCCCCUGCUGUAUGCAUCGGGCACCGCGACGCCCCCCGAGCCUCCUCGCCCCCUCGUCACACUCAGUUCUACCCCUUCCCCUUCCUUCCAGACACAUCAGAUGCCGAGAAUGAGUCCCCCCAACACGAGUCUCCUCAGUUUCCCCCACCUGUGUGCAUUGGGUACCGUGAUGCCCCCCGCGCCUCCUCCCCACCACGCCAGUUUCCAGAGCCCUCCUUCUUCCAGGAUUUCCCCAGGGCCAGCACGGAGAGCCUUGUCCCUUCCACAGACUCUUUGUAUGAACGCCCCCAUGUCCCCACCCCUGUUUGCAUUGGGCACCGAGAUGCCCCGUCUUUCUCCUCUCCACCACGCCAGGCCCCCGAGCCCUCCCUCUUCUUCCAAGACCCCCCCGGGGCCAGUAUGGAGAGUCUUGCCCCCUCCACUGACUCUCUGCAUGGCUCCCAACUGCUGCCCCCCCAAGUGUGCAUCGGCCACCGGGAUGCACCCCGAGCCUCCUCCCCACCCCGACACCCACCCAGUGACCUAGGUCUCCUGGCACCCUCGCCUCCUCCAGGUAGCUCAGGCUCCCGGGGCUCAGCGCCCCCCGGGGAGACCAGGCACAACUUGGAGAGGGAGGAGUAUACCGUGCUGGCCGACCUGCCGCCACCCAGGAGGCUGGCCCACAGGGAGCCAGGGCACCAGGCUCAGGGCAGCAACGGGGGCCGCACCCGCAGCCCUGGCCGCGCAGAGGUGGAGCGCCUUUUCGGGCAAGAGCGAAGGAAGUCCGAGGCACCGGGGGCUUUCCAGGCUCAGGACGAGGGAUGGUCACAGCGGCCCAGCCAAGGUCAGAGUCAACUUCGAAGACAUUCCAGCCCCACCCCCAGCAGGCAGGUGACCAGGCCUACUGCCAGGCAGGCAGAAGUUGCCCGGCGGAGCCGAGCAGAGGCCCCCCAUCCCAAGAGUUCCGAGAAGAGGCCUGAGGGGGAUCGACGGUUGCAGGUGUCCUCACCGCCCCCCAGGGCAUCAGCCAGAACCCCUGAAAGGGAGGCUCAGACAUCAAGACGUCGGGAAGGUGUACUGAGGCAGCCUCUGGGAGGUUGGCAGACUCAGGAGCUGCAGGAGUCCCAGGGUCCUCACAGACACCCAGAGAGGAGCUGGGGCAGCCAGGAGGAGGAUCCAGGCCUAGGGAGCUGGCCACAACUUGGGGAUCCCAGCCUGGAGGGGUCAUGGAGGGGCCCCCCUCAGGAGCACAAAGAGAGCUGGGGGCAGUCCGAGGCCUGGGAGGAGCUCCCCAGCAGUGGGCUUCAGGGGGCCUCCCAGAGGGGUAGGAACAAUCUGCAGGAGCUGUCCAGGGUCCACCAGCCUGUGAACCCCCCAGAAAACUCCUGGGGGGGCCCUGCAGAAUGCCUGCACCCCCUCCCGCCUGAGGUCCCCACUGCUGCGGGCUUGGGGUCUGAGGGAGUGUGCCCGCACCCAUAUGGCUCGGAGACGCAACUGGACCUGGACUGGAGGGACCUGCUGGGUCUUCUCCGAGCCCCUGGGGAUGGGGCCUGGGCCCGGCUCCCGAGGCUGGACUGGGAAGGCCUCCUGGAGCUUCUGCAGGCCCGGCUGCCACGCAAGGAUUCAGCUGGACACUGGGAUGAUCCUGCCAAGGCUUCCAGACCAGAGCUGGGUUCCCCAGGUACAAAGGACUCCCUGGAGGAACAGCCACAGAGCGAGCCAGCCGAGGCCACGCCAGUCAAUGGAUAUAGCCCUGGGCAGCCCCAGAGCCUGGCUCAGCCACCCAGCCCUGCCUGCACCUCCACCUCCACCCAGUGGCCAAUGACAAAAGUGACAAGUGCACCAGAAACCGCAGCUUUGCCUGAUAUGGAGCAAAUGGGCCACCUGGAGAGCCACAGCCCACCGGAGCUGGAGUCCCAACCGGAGGAGCCCGAGGAGUCAGAACCAAGCAGAAGCCGAGACCCACUGGCGGACCAGAAGCAGGCAGAGGCAGACUCGGCAGACAAGAGGCCAGCAGAGGGCAAGGCUGGGAGCCCGUUCAAGGGCCGACUGGUGACCUCAUGGAGGAUGCCCGGGGACCGGCUCGCGCUGUUCAAUCCGUUCCUGCUGUCUCUGGGGGUCCUCAGUUGGCAAAGGCCCGACCUACUCAACUUCAAGAAGGGAUGGAUGUCAAUCUUGGAUGAGCCUGGAGAGUGGAAGAAACAUUGGUUUGUGCUGACGGAUUCAAGCCUCAAGUAUUACAGAGACUCCACGGCCGAGGAGGCAGAUGAGCUGGAUGGCGAGAUUGACCUGCGCUCCUGCACGGACGUCACGGAGUACGCGGUGCAGCGCAACUAUGGCUUCCAGAUCCAUACCAAGGAUGCUGUUUAUACCUUGUCGGCCAUGACCUCAGGCAUCCGGCGGAACUGGAUCGAGGCCCUAAGGAAGACUGUGCGUCCAGCUUCAGCUCCAGAUGUCACCAAGCUCUCAGACUGCAAUAAAGAGAACACACUGCACGGCUACGGCACCCAGAAGGGCUCGCUGAAGGUGGGCGAACAGCGGACAGGCUCUGAGGUCAUCAGCCGGGGUGGUCCUCGCAAGGCCGAUGGGCCACGGCCGUCCCUGGACUACGUGGAGCUUUCCCCAGUGACUCAGGGCUCCCUGCAGCGCGCCCGCACCCUGCCCCGCGCUGCUGAGCGCCCGGCCAAGCAGGAGGAACUGGAGCGGGACCUGGCACAGCGCUCUGAGGAGCGGCGCAAGUGGUUUGAGGCCACGGACAGCAGGGCGCCAGAGACACCUGGCAGUGAGGGGCCGCGCCGGGGCCUGGGCGCCCCCCUGACCGAAGACCAGCAGAGCCGGCUCAGUGAGGAGAUUGAGAAAAAGUGGCAGGAGCUGGAGAAGCUGCCCCUGCGGGAGAACAAGCGAGUGCCACUCACUGCCCUGCUCAACCAAAGCCAUGGUGGUCGCCGGGGUGAAAGCCACGAAGCCCUGGAGAAAGAGGUCCAGUCUCUCCGUGCCCAGCUGGAAGCAUGGCGCCUCCAAGGGAAGGCUCCGCAGAAUGCCCCCAGAGCACAGGAGGAUGGCCACACCCCACCCGGGUACAUCUCACAGGAGGCCUGUGAGCGCAGCCUGGCGGAGAUGGAGUCCUCGCACCAGCAGGUGGUGGAGCAGCUGCAGCGGCACCACGAGCGCGAGCUACGGCGGCUGCAGCAGGAGAAGGAGCGGCUGCUGGCCGAGGAGACCGCAGCCACGGCCGCGGCCAUUGAAGCCAUGAAGAAGGCUUACCAAGAGGAGCUGAGCCGGGAGCUGAGCAAAACGCGGAGUCUGCAGCAGGGCCCAGAUGGCCUUCGGAAGCAGCACCAGUUGGACGUGGAGGCGCUGAAGCGGGAGCUGCAGGUGCUGUCUGAGCAGUAUUCGCAGAAGUGCCUGGAGAUCGGCAGCCUGACGCGGCAGGCCGAGGAGAGGGAGCACACGCUGCGGCGCUGCCAGCAGGAGGGCCAGGAGCUGCUGCGCCACAACCAGGAGCUGCACUCCCACCUGUCGGAGGAGAUCGACCGGCUGCGUGGCUUCAUCGCCUCACAGGGCAACGGCAGCAGCUGCGGGCGCAGCAACGAGCGGAGCUCCUGGGAGCUGGAGGUGCUGCUGCGAGUGAAGGAGAACGAGCUCCAGCACCUGAAGCAGGAGGCGCAGUGCCUGCGGGACGAGCUCCAGCUGAUGCAGAAGGACAAGCGCUUCACCUCAGGAAAGUACCAGGACAUGUACGUGGAGCUGAACCACAUCAAGACGAGGUCGGAGCGGGAGAUUGAGCAGCUGAGGGAGCACCUGCGCCUGGCCAUGGCCGCCCUGCAGGAGAAGGAGGCCGCUCGCAACAGCCUGGCGGAGUAGAGGUCUUCGAGGUCCAGCUCAGCCGCGGACCCUGCAGCCUCAAGGGACCAGUUGUCCUCCUUUCCUGACACAUGGAAGUCAGAAGCCAAGCUUUCUCCCCACCUUUGGUCGCACAUGCACUCACAUUCAACACACACACACACACACGCAUGACACACACAUGCACACACACACUGCGUAUCUGAGCGCGCCCCUCGCACUGGGUCUUAACCUUGCACCUUCUUCAGGAUUUUAUAUGUGAAGAGAUUUUUAUAUAUACUUUUUUUUUUCUAAAACCCUUUAUACUUUUUCCAAAGGCAAUUCCUGGUGGCGUGUGCCUCCCACUGGCUCCCCAGUCCUCCCUAGACUCUUGCUUAGGCCCGUGGGCCUCUUCCUGCCCUGGGGGAAUCCAAGCAGAGACCCAGGUAGAACCGGGCUGGUAGAUGGAGGGGAGAGCAGACCCUGCUCCCGCCCAACCUCCUGCUAUUUCCUGCCCUGGGCACACCCACAGUGCUGGCUAGUCCCCAUGGCUCCACCCCUCUGAGGGGCGCUGGGCGGGGACCCACCGGCGCUCCCAUGAAGACGCUUCUCUCCUGCUCCGUGAGCCCUCUUAACUUAAUAAAACAUUCCAGCAGC